CGUUCCGUGUGGCAAAAGGCUUAAUUUUUUUUCGCUCCAAGUUAUUUCUCGCCCUGUUCUUACUGGCAACUAGAGCUCCAAAAGUUCUUGUUUUGACGCAGUACACUUCAAGGCAUACACCAACUAUCACACUCGGGCUCAAGAUGCAUUUGACAACCCACCUGAUGAUGAUGAUGAUGGCCGCCGUAGCCUGCCGAGCGGCUUUUAUUCCAAACAUGAUGUUCGCGUCUGGACGUAGCCGUCUAGCUCAGCAAGCGAAACCGUUGGCGCAACAUCAACAAUCGUGGAGAGCUGGAAAUCCCCUGAGCCCGUGGGAUGAUGGUACUGAGACGUACGGCUACCUGGCCGACCGCCAUACCAACAUGAUGGAUGAUAUGACAGCCGGAUUCCAGCAACAACCGCAGCUGCAGCAGUCACAACAACCAUUGGUUUACGGAGUUGCGCAUCGUUACCUGAGCGAACAGCAGUCGCCCAGCUAUCCAGUCCAGAGUCCCACUGACGAGCUGUACAACAACGAACUAUACAACAACGCCCUGCUGAUGCGUGGACGCGGGCCUUUCAAUGCCAUCAAGCGUUCGUCCCUACCAAAUUACUACGACGCAUCUAUGGACGACGAUAUGGGCAACAUCGACGACGGCAUGUCCAUGGCAUCGGUUGAUGACUACGAGCAGCCCAUCAGCCGACAGGAUGUCAUCAAUUUCGAAAAGUACGUCCAGCGUUUCUUCCAGCAACAGCCGUCUGAGAGAGACGCCGAAAUGGAGAACCAGUACUCAGACGACUGGAGUUUGGGAUCGCGCAUGGAUGACAACGAAGUUGGGGACAAUUACAAUGAUAUCGAUAACGACGAAGAAGCUGCUAGGCAAUUGCAUUUGCUGCUGACUCAACAGAAGCAACAGCGCCGUCCCAUUGCUCUUCGCGAGAUUCAAAAGAAAAAUGUUGCGCUUGGAGCUGUGACAAAGGCCCCUACUCGAACCGAAACUCCCGUCACGACGGCAACGACGACGACGACAUCUUCAGCUACUUUGGCACUCCAUCUGCAAAACCAACAUCACCAAGGACAAAAAGAGGAACCCUUGUUGAGACCGCCCUCCCCUCAAAGACAGCCGCCUCAGAUGAGCACCACCACCGCCACUCCACCUGCUUUAGCUAAAACGGAUGUGGAGAACAAUAGCAUCUAUCACACGAUUCAGCGGCUCAUGAACAUGCACAAUCGUCUCCAGAAAUCAUCCCAAGAUGAAGGUCGAGAAGCUUCAACCGAGGAAGAAGAGGAUAACGACACGAACAGCAGGGCGAAGCGUUUUGUCGCACCAUCGCAAGAUUCCCUCCUGAGCAAGCAGAUUCAUUCGCUGGACAAGAUCAAAGCUUAAAAAACGAAGAUCUGAAAGGAAAACCAACCCAAACAAGAUAACCGGUGAUAUUUGAAACUCGGCAGGCUUCUGUAGCAGCUCGACGAACGUUUCCGUCAAUGCUCUGUUAUCAGUCAGGAUAAAGAGAGCGUUUGUUCUUCUUUUCGCUUGUGGAAAAGGAGACGAUUUUUGUUGUUAUUUUUACUUCACGGAUGACGGCCGCGAAUCACGUCUUCCUCCCGGUCUACACGCAACCCCUCCUCCUCAACACCCACACACACAGGCACACGACACACGGUCACGUACGACACAUAGGCUCAUGCGUACACCCACACACGUCAUCAACCCACGCAUUUUUUAUUUAAUGGCAGGCAUACAGACGCUGCGCCCCAACAGUGCCAUACACAUUUCACACACACACGCCCUUAUGGGACAAGGCAGUAAAGAAAUAACGACAUGAUUCUCGUCAUUCUUGUCGACCUCUCUCUCUCUAUUCAGCUGUUUUAUCAAAUAUCCAUUACAGAAUAGACAAAGCACUUACAGACAAACACAUACACACACCCACACACGUAUAUCUACAGACAACAUACACAGGUACGACUUUUUCUCCUUAUGUGCUCGCACCUGUACACAUAUAUCACUGUUUCCUCAUAUGUGAACCAAUAUCUUCUAUACAUAUAUACAUAAUAUAAUAUAUAUUAAUUAUUACACGAACAAGUACAAUAUAUAAAUGAUAGAAUUCUAUAAACAUGACAUCCAAAAUAUAUUUAUCAUCUCUACAUUGUUGGUUGUGUUGUUCGCUGUUUGACCCCCCUCCCAAACUGACCGUCUUCUUCUAUACAUCCCUCAUGUUGUAUGCUUAUUUGUAUGAUAAUCCAUUUGGGUGACAUUUGUGAUGACCAUGGACGAGCAUACUUAACAAACCACCUUCUUCGGAA